CAAAACAAAACUCACUCGUUGCCAUUAUGGGCAAUUUAUUUAGUACCAAAAGUAGUGACAAGUGCAAAAGACAACCCUCCGGCUAUCGGCAAUUCUUGAGAGCCUACAAGCAGAAGCACCCGGACAUGCCGCAGGAGCAGGUUACCCUCUCGGCCCUACGGAACUGGGGCAAGCUCUCUCCAUCGCAGAAGAUGAGCUUCGUCAAUGUGCCAUCCUUGCAGGCCAAUCACACCCGUCAAAAAUUGAACAUAACCGACCGCAGCAGGGCUAGAGCCAGGCGUCGACGCAACAAGAAGACUGGAACAAAAACCCAAGCCUCAAGCCUCCCAGACUGCGACUCCAACUUCGACUCCGAUGAUGAUAUUCGUUUCCCCAAUUUCAUGGAUCAAUAUCGUUCAGUUCACGAAGAGCUCUCCGAGUCAGAGCUACGCCAACAGGGCACCAAUGCCUGGAUGGCACUGACCGAGCAGCAGAAGAAUCUGUUCAAAGAUACUCCCAGUACCGAUGCCCUGCUGGAACACUGCACCUGCUCACCGAUGGCAAAGCCUAAAGCCCUAGCGACGGGCAAAAAGAAAUAAUUAUAAAUAAGCAAAACUUGUCUCAAUAAAUGACCGCCCAUGCAUGGACGCUUGACACGUGAGAA